GUUUUUUUUUCUUUUUCUUUUUUUCUUAGACCUUUUUGACUAUGGAGCAAUUUGUGACAAGCCUUGAAGAGCUUUUAACUAAGCUUGCUACAGCUCAAGACUCUGAAACUAUUCGACUUGCCACCUCUACUUUGAAUAAUCAAUUCUAUGUUUCAGCAGACUGUAUUCCUGCUCUUGUAGAAAUCAUCAGUCGCUCACCCCACCACCCUGUGCGUCAACUGGCCGCUGUAGAAUUGAGAAAACGUAUCUCCAAGAAAUGGCAAGAUAUCCCUGACGCAGCACAAGCUGCUAUCCGUGGCCAAUUGUUGCAAAUUGCCUUGAACGAACAACAUGAAAUUGUUCGUCAUUCUACUGCUCGUGUUAUUUCAUCUAUUGCUCGUAUUGAUGUUCCCGAAAACAAGUGGCCAGAAUUAUUAGGAUUUUUGAACCAAGCUUGUGCUAGUGCCACUGCUAUUCAUCGCGAAGUGGGUACUUACUGUCUUUAUACCCUUUUUGAAGUGAUUGCCGAUUUCUUUAUGGAUCAUACUGCUCCUCUUUAUGAUUUGUUUCAAAAAUCUAUUGUGGAUCCCGAAAGUAAGCGUGUCCGAGUCACGACUGUAUUGACAUUGGGUAAAUUGGCUGAAUUCAUCGAAACUGAAGAUAAGGAAAACAUUAAAUCAUUCAGAAAUAUGAUUCCUGGUAUGGUCAAUGUAUUAGAACAAUGUUUAAAAGAAAGUGACGAGGAAAGCGCUAGUGAAAUAUUCGAAGUGUUUGAUACUUUGUUGAUGUUGGAUGCACCUCUUUUGUCUAAUCAUUUAGUGGAUUUGAUUCGAUUCUUUUUGACAGUGGGCUCUAACCGUGAAUUGGAUGAUUCUCUUCGUGUAAUGGCCCUUUCUUUUUUGAUGUGGGCUGCUGUAUAUAAACAAAACAAGAUUAGAAGUUUGAAGCUUGUUGGUUUUAUUGUAGAAGGAUUGAUGCCUAUUGGUUCUGAAGAAGAUCCCGAAGAUGUAGAUGAAGAUUCUCCUUCUCGUUUGGCCUUCAAAGUAUUAAAUGCCUUAGCUACCAACAUGCCUCCUCAACAAGUGUUCCCUAUCGUGAUGCCUAUGGUAGUUGCCUAUAUGCAAAACCCUGAUCCCAACUACCGUAAGGCAGCCAUGAUGUCCUUUGCUGUCAUUAUCGAAGGUUGUGCUGAAUACAUGAGCCCUAAAUUAAACGAGCUCUUACCUCUUGUAUGUUCUGGUCUUCAAGAUCCAGAAAUCAUUGUUCGCCGUGCUGCUUGUAUGGCUCUCGGUUGUCUUGCUGAAGAAAUGCCGGCUGAAAUUUCUGAAAGCCAUCAAAUCUUGCUUCCUCUUGUCUUCAACUUGAUGAACGACACAAACCCUGAAGUUACCAAGCACGCUUGUAAUGCACUUGAUGCCAUUCUCGAAAGUUUAGGCGAUGAAGUAUUGCAAUACUUGCCCAUGUUGAUGGAGAAGCUCUUGUUUCUCUUGGACCAUGCUCCUCAAACAGAAACUAAGGCUACUGUCAUGGCUGCUAUCGGUAGCGCUGCUCAUGCUGCUGGUGAAGGGUUUGAACCUUACUUUGGUGGUGUCAUGCCUCGUAUUCGUCAUUUGAUGACAUUGACAGAAGGCACAGAUGAAACCUUGCUUCGUGGUGUAGCUACUGAUUCUGCUGGUGCUAUUGCUGAAGCUGUCGGUGCUGAUAAAUUCAGACCUUUCACUCAGGAUUUGAUGGCUCUGGCUAUUGAGCAACUCUCUUUAGACUCUCCUCGUCUUCGCGAAUGUUCUUAUGCUUUCUUCUCCAUCAUGGCUCGUGUGUUUGGUGAAGAGUUUGCUCCUUAUCUUCCUACCAUCAUGCCUUCCAUUAUUGCUUCCUGUAAGGCUGAAGAAAAGGACGAUGCUAACAUUGGUAGCGAAAUCGACCUUACCUUGGGCGAUGAUGAAGAUGACGAUAGUGGUUUCAAUUUUAAUUCUGCUAUUGCUGAUGAAAAAGAAUUUGCUGCUGAUGCACUUGGUGAAAUCUUUGAAAGCACUCAGACUCACUUUUUGCCCUAUGUUGAGCCUUCAGUUCAAGAAUUGACCGAACUCUCUUACCACCUCUUUGACGGUGUCAGAAAGGCUGUUGUUGGUAGUUUGUUUAGUUUCCUCAAGACCUUUUAUCUCAUGUCUGGUUCUGAAGAAUGGAGAGCUGGUUUGCCUGUGUCGUAUCCUGUCCAUGAAAAUGUCCAAAACAUGACAUCCAUCAUUAUUCCUACUGUCUUGACUAUGUGGAAAGAUGAAGAUGACAAGAUGGUUGUUGUUCAAAUCUGCCAAGAAUUGAUCCAGUCUCUCAAAUUGAUGGGUCCAAGCAUCAUUGCUGAACAUGUCGAAGAAAUUUCUCGAAAUAUCCUUGAUAUCUUUGAAAAAAGAUCCAUCUGUCAACAAAGCUACGAUGAUGACGACUUUGUUGAUGAAGAAGAAGAAGCCGAAUCUGAGUCUCUUUUGAUCAGUGCUGCUGGUGAUCUUGUUGCCACCAUAUGUGAGACUGUGGGUGAAGGUUAUUCUUCUUACUUUGAUGUCUUUAUGCCCUUGAUUGCUAAAUACUACAAGAAAUCAAAGACUUCUUCUGAACGCUCUAUGGCCAUUGGUUGUCUUGGUGAAUGUAUCACUGGCAUCAAGUCUGCUGUCACUCCUCAUACUGAACGGCUUCUUCAGUUAUUUAUCAAGGCAUGUGCUGAUGAAGAUCACUCUGUCAGAAGCAAUGCUGCUUAUGCUUUAGGUAUUCUUGCUGCCAAUUCUCAAAUCGAUCUUGCUUCACAGUACCCUGUGAUGUUAACUGCAUUGUAUCCUCUUUUCCAAAACCAGCCAGUGCCUAAUAUCACCGACAAUGCUACAGGUGCUGUUGCUAGAUUGAUCAUGGCUCGUCCUGAUGCUGUUCCUCUUGACCAAGUGUUGCCUGUGUUUAUCAGUGUGCUUCCACUCAAGGCUGAUUUUGCUGAAAAUGAACCUGUCUUCAAGUGUCUGUUUUCACUUGUUCGUGCUAACAAUGCUUAUAUUCAUAGUCAAAUUCCCAACUUCCUCCCUGUAUUCCAUCAUGUUUUGUCUAAUGAAGAUCAAUUAGACGAUGCCACACGCGCUGAACUUGUAGAGCUAUUACGUGCUUUAAAUACUCAAUCUCCUUCUUUGGGCAUUUCCAACAGUGAAUUAGCCCGCUUUUUGUAGAUAUAUUGCUUAGAAAUCUACUCACUUAGAC